UCUACCUUUCGAAAUUUCACUUUUGACUCUGAGCUUCGAAUAGAACAAUGGAUACUACGAAGAAAAAAGAGAAGAAGAAGGAAGUGAUACGAUUAGAACGAGAAUCUGUUAUUCCAGUUCUUAAAUCCAGGCUAAUUAUGACAUUAGCCAAUUUAAUCGAACAUAAUUCAGAUCGCGAUGAAUUUCUCAAGCUAUCCAAAAGGGUUGAGUACACAAUUCGUGCGUGGUACCUUAUACAAUUUGAAGAUUUAAUGCAAUUAUACGCGUUAUUUGAUCCUGUUCAUGGUGCUCAAAAUCUCGAGCAACAAAAAUUCUCAGAUGAUGAUAUCGACGUACUUGAACAAAAUUUCUUGAGAUAUUUAUUCCAAAUUAUGGACAAGAGUAACUUCAAAAUCGCCACAGAUGAAGAGCUAGAAAUUGCGAAUUCAGGGCAAUAUUUGUUAAAUCUACCAAUAACGGUUGAUGAAUCUAAGCUUGAUACUAAGUUAUUGUCAAAAUAUUUUGCUAAUCAUCACCACGAUGAAAAACUCCCUGAGUUUGCUGAUAAAUAUGUAAUUUUUCGUCGUGGCAUUGGAAUUGACAGGACGACAGAUUGGUUUAUUAUGGAAAAAAUUGACAUGAUAAUUACGCGUACAUGGAAAUGGCUAUUGAAAAAAACAGGUGGUGAUAAAUAUUUUCGAAGAAAAAUUAAUAAGAAAAAGAAACCGCUGAAGAAAAGAAUCCCUUCUGAAGAAGAACAAGAUUUUUACGUUGAACGAAUUCGAAUUCAGAAUAUGGAACUUACUGUCCCAAAUGUAUUGGGAAAAAUUACAAUUCAAGAACCAACAUUUGAAAGGAUAAUCGUGGUGUACAGACGAGCUAGUGAAGACGAAGAAAAACCCGAUAGAGGAAUUUAUGUGAAGCAUUUGAAAAAUAUACCAAUGGCUGAUUUAGAAAUUGUUUUACCUGAGAAAAAGAAUCCAAGUUUAACACCAAUGGAUUGGGUACAAUUUAUUGCAUCUGCAAUUGUUGGUCUUUUUGCAGUUGUGACCUCUCUUGACAUGCCAGAAGCUGAUUUAUGGGUCCUUUUUGCAAUUUUAUCCACAAUAAUUGGCUAUUGUGCAAAAAUUUACUUCACAUUUCAACAGAAUAUGGCUCAGUAUCAGAAUUUAAUCACACAAUCAAUGUAUGAUAAACAAUUAGACAGUGGACGUGGUACACUUCUACAUUUGUGUGAUGACGUUAUACAACAAGAAGUUAAAGAAGUAAUUAUUUCAUAUUUUAUAUUAAUGGAACAAGGGAAAGCUACAUUAUUGGAUCUUGAUCAAAGAUGUGAGGAAUUAAUUAAAGAAAGAUUUGGAAUAAGCUGUAAUUUUGAUGUAGAUGAUGCAGUUCAAAAGUUAGAGAAAUUAGGAAUUGUUUCAAAGGAUGAAAUUGGAAGGUAUUUUUGUAUUGGUCUUAAAAGGGCUAAUGAGAUUAUUGGGACAACUACUGAAGAACUUGUUCUUAAAGCAAGACAAGGUCAAGGUCAACCUGCAAUUACUUAAUAGGAAUACUGUCGUCAGUGGCGGAGCCAGAAUUUUUAUUAAGGGGAGUCAAAAUAUACAGAAAUAAACUCUCCAAGAAGUCAAGGGGUGUCAUUAUAUAGUACAUACAUAUUUUUUUUUAAAAAUACCAAGUUAUACAGCGUGAUUUUCCGGCGAAGAGGUAUCGGUCGACACCCCUUUGUUGCACGUGGCUCCGCCACUGGCUCUCGUAUUAAUUGCUCUGACGCAUAUAUUAAAUAGUCAUUUUAUGCGUCCAUCUAUCAUUCAGGAUCGGAGCAGCUAGCCAUGUGGUUUUCCCAAAAGAUAGUCGUGAGUUCUUCGCCAAAUUAGAUGAUUUAUUUUACCUAUCUUUUGUAAUUUUGUUUCUAUUGGUUUUUGUGAGAAUAAUUUGGAAAUGACUCGAUGAGGAAAGUUAAAAGGUGACAGAAAUAUCCUCAGCGAGUAUUAUCCAGAAUGAUUCCUGUAAUUUUUAUUAAUGCACAUCGUAAUUUUGU